AUGGAUAAAAAUCGUGGUGCAAGUGUUGUUGUCGUUUUGGUGUUGUUGGUGUUAGGAUUCUUCACCUUCUAUUUAGCUAAUGCCAAUACCAAUAGAGUUUCUUAUGAUGAGGAACAUGAGAGCAAGAAAUCAAGUUUUUGGGUAUGGGACACAUUCAGAAGAGCCUAUUCUAUGUAUUCAUCAAUUUUCCCUACAACUACAAGUGUUGGACAGUAUUGGCAUGUGGUUAAGGUUAUUUUAAAUAACACUUAUGCUUAUUUCUUUCCACCAAAUAUAGAUUUCAGAAAAGGAGGUGAGACUCAAGAAGUUUCAGAAGCUUUUUCAAAAAGCAUACGAACAAGCAAAGCAACUUUGGAGGAAGUUGCAAAAUCAGCAGCAGAAAAGGUGAAGAGGAGUUUGUCUCAUGAUAGGAAGGAAAAGAAAGAGCUCUGA